UAUCCUGCUUUUUGUUCCGCAAUAGGAAACUUGGGUGGAGAGGCUUUCUCGCCUUUCUUUUCCUCCCAUAGCUUUCCUGCCUAUGGACCCUAAAAGCUACUGCUGCUGCUAAAGAGAGAGUUACUGUCUCAGCUUUAGGAUGUGCGUUGUUCCACUGGAAGCUUCUGACGGAGAGAGGCAAUUAAAAAACAGUGGAAUGGAAAGAAAGAGUUGUAGUCAUCCUGUGUUAUGCUCAUUGUCAGCAAUGUAUACAUUCCUGCUAGGUGCCAUAUUCAUUACUUUAAGCUCAAGUCGCAUCUUACUGGUAAAAUAUUCUGCCAAUGAAGAGAACAAGUAUGAUUAUCUUCCAACUACUGUGAAUGUGUGCUCAGAACUGCUGAAGCUAAUUUUCUGUGUGCUUGUGUCAUUCUGUGUUGUAAAGAAAGAUCAUCAAAGUAGAAAUCUGAAAUGUGCUUCCUGGAAGGAAUUCUCUGAUUUCAUGAAGUGGUCCAUUCCUGCCUUUCUUUAUUUCCUUGAUAACUUGAUUGUCUUCUAUGUCCUAUCAUAUCUUCAGCCUGCCAUGGCUGUUAUCUUCUCAAAUUUUAGCAUUAUAACAACAGCUCUUCUAUUCAGGAUAGUGCUGAAGCAGCAUCUAAACUGGAUACAGUGGGCUUCCCUCCUGAUUUUAUUUUUGUCUAUUGUGGCCUUGAUUACUGGGACUAAAACUUCACAACAUAACCUGGGAGAACAUGGAUUUCAUCAUGAUGCCUUCUUCAGCCCCUCUAAUUCCUGCCUUCUUUUCAGGAGUGAGUGUCUCGGAAAAGACAAUUGCACGGUAAAGGCAUGGACUUUUCCUGAAGCUGAGUGGAACACCACAGCCAGGGUUUUCAGUCACAUCCAUCUUGGCUUGGGCCACGUUCUUAUUAUAGUCCAGUGUUUUAUGUCUUCAAUGGCCAACAUCUACAAUGAAAAGAUAUUGAAGGAAGGGAACCAGCUCACUGAAAGUAUCUUCAUACAGAACAGUAAACUCUAUUUUUUUGGCAUUCUUUUUAAUGGGCUGACCCUAGGCCUUCAGAGUAGUAACCGUGAUCAGAUUAAGAACUGUGGAUUUUUUUAUGGCCACAAUACAUAUUCAGUAAUCCUCAUUUUUGUAACUGCAUUCCAGGGCCUUUCAGUGGCUUUCAUUCUGAAGUUCCUGGAUAACAUGUUCCAUGUCUUAAUGGCCCAAAUCACUACAGUCAUCAUCACAACAGUGUCUGUCCUGGUCUUUGACUUCAGGCCCUCCCUGGAGUUUUUCUUGGAAGCCCCAUCAGUUCUUCUCUCCAUAUUUAUUUAUAAUGCCAGCAAGCCUCAAGGUCUGGAAUAUGCACCUAGGCAAGAAAGGAUCCGAGAUCUAAGUUGCCGUCUUUGGGAGCGUUCCAGUGGGGAUGGGGAGGAACUGGAAAGACUUACCAAACCUAAGAGUGAUGAGUCAGAUGAAGAUACUUUCUAGCUGGUACCCAAAUAUUUGGCAGCUCUUACAAACCUGAUUUCAUUUUUAGCGUUUGUAAUAUUUAUCUUUUUACUUUGAUUAACCAAGAAUGUUUAAAAAGCAUAAUACUUUGUGCAUGUAACUAACUACUCUAAAUGGUUUAAUCCAAAGCUUAGAGUCCCAAAGGUUAAAAAAUUCUAACGAACUGAUCUAGGAAUAAUGAUAUAAAAACUACAUUUAUGACUCAGUACUUGAUAAAUCAACAAGAUUUAUUUGCAUAUUAUUUUUCUUGCCUUCCAGGAUUCCAAAAAUCUUGCAAUAAUCAUGUUAGCUAUACCCUAUAAAUGUACAAAUAGAGAUCAGUUUGCCAGAUAUUAAUAAUUAUGUAGCUCUAGUCUGCAUGCCAAAGUCUUCCCUUUUUUUUUAACCAUUGUAAAUAUCAUCUAGGUUGUCCCUUGAAUUUUGAGGCCUUAGAGAUAGUCAUUUUGCAAUUAAAAAGUAAUGGGACUCUUAAAAAAUUUUCCUGAAGGACCUAAAUAUCUGGCUGUCCCAUAGAUUUAGGGUAACAUAGUCUAUGCUAAAUGAUUUCCUGAAGAAGCCAUUUUUCAGAAACAACAUCUCAGAGUUUUAAUUUUUAGGAAUUCAUGGGAAAUUGAAUUUUUAGUAAUUAUCUUUUGAUGUUUUUCUACACAAAUAAACUUCAAUUUAGGUGAAAGUUGGUUCCCAGUCACCACAGUUACCACUGUAUUUUGAAUAACUUAAGCCAUGCUGGGGUUGUUUCCCUUCUCAGUUUGUGUAUCACAGAAUCUUGACAUCAUUGCCCUUGAAUUAUUACAUUUUGGAAAAUUAGUAAGAAGGGAUUUCAUGUUAUUAAUUAAAGCUUGUGACUAUUAUACAUCUUUAUAUCAUAUUCUGUUCCUAAGAGUCAAGACACUGUCUUCAGAAUCAUACCAGAUUGUCAGUAAGACUAGUGCCCAAAUAAUCACUUUGCAGACAAACGUUGACUUCACUGAAAUACGAAUAGUAUUAUUCUAAAAAUAGAAAGACCAGUAAUAAAUAAAGCACUUUACAGUAUUUCUCACUGACACUGCAUGGUAUUUUUCAACGUACUUUUGCAUGCAGCCAAUUGACUAUUAGGUAGAGAAGUCAGAUGAUAGAUAAUUUAAAAAUGAGAAAACAGAAGUAACUUGCCCAAGGUUGUGCAGCUGGAUGGUGAUAGAAGAGUAAUCUUUAGCUGAUAGGCCUGCAUGUCUACAGUGUACUGCACUGUAAUGUGAGCUUUAAGGUGUUAUUCUCAUACAGUCUAUACAUUUCUCCUUUUCUUUCUCCUAAUUUUCAUGUAUUUGAAUGUAAGGUAAUACUGUUAUAUAAUCCAUCUGUGAUAUCCACAAUAA